AUGGCGGGUUGCUGUUGCAAGUCGCGCUAUAUGCGCCAGAUCGACGCCGCUUAUCCAGCCACGGCAGGCGAGGGACUGAACCGAGAUGCGGCGCGCCACCUGACCUUUUUCGCGCUUUCCAAUCCACGCAAGCUGCCCAAGAUGGCCCGCUACCUCACCAAGAAGAUUGCUUAUGCUCGCGAUCGUGGCUAUGAAGAGUAUGUGGUUGUAGGCGCGCAAAUUUAUGAGCAGCUCAUCACUGCCUGUCACGCCCAAAUGGCGCUCUUCGUCGAACCCUUCUUCUCGGCAAUUGAGCACCUGCUCGAGGCGGACAACCUCGUUUAUCAGCAAAGCGCCACAACCGCUGUACGAACCGGCAUUCGAUCGUCAAUGCACCUCCCCAUCAUCUUGGUUCUUUCCCACCGGCUUACUCAAUCCAUGGCCUGCACACGUUCAUGCCUGCUUCUGCAGUUUGAGCGAUUUGCCUCUCUGCAGACGCAGACCGUUGAUUACGUGCGGCAUCAAGACUUUCUCAUUGCCAUUUUCAGCAGCAUGUGCUUUAUGCAGGCGGAUGAGGUCUCUAGCGAGGCGCUGUACGUCCCUGUCACGGGUUUUGCCUGCAUGUUUGGUCGCUCAGAGGCUCGCGACUGCGUGCGGGCCCAGACAGGUAUGCAGGGCUUGCGGAGCAUCUUGUCCAAGGCCAGCCAUGGCCAAGAGGAGGCCUUGCUGUGGAACAAAUCGAACCUCUUGAAAAUUGUCCACGCCGUUCUCCGCAACAUGUCUGGAUUGCACCCACAUGCACGCCCAGCUGAUGCGCUGGUCGAUCAGCGUGUGGAGAAUGGCGAGCAAGCCAAAAGCUGCUUGACCGACCUCCUGCUGCAGGCCGGCUUCAACAACCUCCGCGCCGUCCUCGAUUUAGUUGUCGCGCUCAGCAACAUCACAUCUUGUUGGAUCGCAUGCUCUUCACUUUGCAAGAAUCGACCCCCAUUGAAGUUCGCAGCGCUGUGCUUGAGACAAAUUCGCCAUGCCCCGACGGAUGGCAUCUGUCAAACAGUCGAGCAGGCCAUUGAUGCGCUGAUCCGCACGCUCUCGGCUCAUCGAAAGGUCGAAGUCAUCACGUUUAUCAUGGGUCGCCUGGAUCAGUGUAGCACUGAGGUCGAGGUCCGGCUUUUGAGCCUGGCUGCUUCCGUCUCUGAAGCUUGCGAGGUGCGCCAAAUGUCGCUUUCGUUCCACUCGUGCCCCCCUUCCAUGCGUUCUGAAUAUGCUCAUUUCUCUUAUCACAAGUAUCCCGAAUCAUCCCGACUCGUUCUGACCUACUGGUACUCUCCUCUGGUGCAGGUGCAACCUCUGCAUCACGGACUACCCCGAGCUCUUCUCGAACCCUUGGUUCAGCGCUGUGCCGCAGAGAAUGAUCAGCUGCGACUGCUCAGCAUCCGCGUCCUAGAUUCUCGCCUGCGCUGUCGCCUUCCGUACCUGACGGCAUUGCUGGACUCGUUCACGCGCAGCGUCAUGAGCUCGCGCUCCAACGUCUCGGAAGGCAGCCGUACAACCCUCCGCGCGCCUGAAAAGGACGUGGCAUACUUUGGGAGCAUCAGCAAAAUUGUCUACUCGGCGCUGGUGCAGACGAUUCGUACCAUCACCGAUCCCGCAGAUCCCACGCUGACGCCGUGGAUGGACGUCGCUCUCCGCAUGGCCUCAGUGUUUGGCCCCCAAUUCACCAUCCAGACCAUCAACGCCGUCUUAACCAUUCCUGAAGGGGCUGUGGCUAACAAGACCAUUGCCACCGCCUUCUUGGCGCAGUUUCUCAAACGCCUCUCUGCCACCUUUGAUCUGCGCAAUCUGCGCAAGGCCGUCGAUGAGCCAUCUAAUCUUUCGCGUCAACGCGUGCAAGAGCUUUUGCGACAAGAUAAGUUUGCGGUUGAGUACCUGGACGAGGUCACCACGCCGUUUGUGGCUUUGGACACGUCCAGCAAAAUGCCACAGGCCCUGGCGUCAGCAACUAGCGUCCCAGAAGAUUCGGCAUCUGUGGCCAGUGCCGUUUACUCCAACUCUUCCACGACCCACGGCAUUACUGCCGAAGUCUUGAAGCAGAACGCUUCGCAUCGCCAUGCCAAGUCGAUCAAGGACGUGCUGCGUCAAAACGCGGCAACAAUUCGUAAAAUGCCGGUGCGUUUCUGCGUUUGGUGCAUGGCUGCAUGGCGCCUUUGUGUCUUCAUCGCGCUGCAUCAGUCUCAGCUGCUGAAAAAGGCACUGGCCUUGGAGCCGACGGAGCUCAAUCUUGACCAUCUGGUCCCGUUGCGAAGCAUCACAAAUACGAGCAACGAUCCUGUGGCCGUGAAGCUGUGGUAUGCUGGACCCCUCAUCACGAGUAGUGAGGUCUAA